AUGGCCGCCGAUCGUCAAGAUACAGCUGCUUCGGCCUCUGUGGACAGUCUCGUUCACUACUUCCAACAAACAGGCGUUCGGUGGCUCGCCCUCGCUGGUCUCGGUACAAGCUCUGUUCUGAUCGCCACUCGGUUCCUAUCACAGCCCCCACCGAAAGUCUCAAAGAAGUCAUCACGACGAGAUGAUGAUGACAGAGGGCGCGAAUCUUCGCCAUCGACAACAUCCAGUGGCAAGGCGAAACGCGAUCGCUUCAAAGAGGACGUCGAGCCGGUCGCCAUCUUCUGGGAUGCAGACAACUGCGCUCCACCCACAGGCUCGUCCGGUCGUUCAGUCGCGCUUGCUGUCCGUGCUGCAAUCCAGAACUUAGAGCAGGGUCCCAUCGUCAGUUUCAAAGCCUAUCUGGAGCUCUCUUCCGAAACGCAGGCUCCCAACGCUGUGCAAGUACAGCUCAGAAGCGAGCUGCAAGGUUGUGGUGUCAGUCUCAUCGACACGCCCAAGAGUGGCAGGAAAGAUGUCGCCGACAAGAUGAUGAUCACCGAUCUCCUUGCUUAUGCGAUUGAUCAGCCUGCCCCUGCCACGGUCGUUCUGAUCUCGGGCGAUCGCGACUUUGCAUAUCCGCUCGGCAUUCUUAGGAAUCGAGGAUACAGUAUCGUUCUAGUUACUCCACCGAUCGGGGCCGUUCCGAUCUUAGAAGCUUCAGCCAAUGUCGUUAUGUCAUGGCGCCAAGAUGUACUUGGCGUCCAGACGAACAAGGAUGGUAAACCUUACAGCAGCUACUCAAAGGCAGGUCCUAACACUCCAUCAAAGAAUGGUCAAUACAGUUCUUCCAGCAACCAGCAUGCUUCAAACCAGCCAAGUGGCGGUAUGUCGAUCGGCAAGCCGCCAGGAGCUCUCAAACACCAGGACCGACGUCCAUCGAAUCGAACACUGCAGCUCUUUGAUCCUCUCAUCAAGCUGCUCGAACAAAUCAAGAAAGAGGGUCAUUCUAAACCUUUGAGGUCCAUGGUUGCCGCCCGACUGGUACAGCUGGACAGAGGCAUCUUUGUCCGCGCUGGUGCUGCCAAAUGGGCAGAAUAUGCUGCUGUGGCAGAGGCCGCCGGCAUCGUUACUCUAGGCUCGUCAGGCGCAACGGGUCACGAAUGGGUAGCUCUCAAGGACUCUGCCAGGGCUGCGGCUUCCAUUCCCAUGAUGCCUAGCAACUCGUCAGGCUCGAGUGGCACUUCAAACCGACAGAAACCGGCACCUUACUCGACUCCCAACACUUCCUUCAACGAAUCCUCGUCUAUCCCCACCAAACUCAAGCCAUUCUUGCCACUCAUCGAGAUCUGCAAAGAGCAGAGAUCGCAGGGCAACCCGAAACCGCUCUGUUCUUUCGUAGGCACGCAACUCGCUGUCCUUGCACGCCAGGGCGUCGUCCACGCCUACGCCCUCGCUGGUGUCUCGGGCUGGAGAGAAUACAUUGCUGCUGCAGAGCAAGCAGGCGUAGCACGCUCUGCUCCAACCGACCACGAAGGGGUGUUUGUCGUUGAACUUCAUCCCAAGUGUCUCAGUCUGCACACUGGUCAAGUCACCGUUAGUGCUAGACGCAUCGCAGAUACUGCCUCCGCCCUCGCCCCAUCCGUCGACAAAAAGAUGUCGACUGUCAAGAAGGGCUUUCUAGACUUCGGCGCUCUCAAGGGUACGCCGAAGACUGAAUCUCCCUCCAAAGAUGCAAGUGCUCGCAAGCGUCGAACAAUCUUUAAUGGACACGACAUUCCACUCGUUUUCUCCCCCCUUGCUACGCUCCUGCUUCAGCAGAUGGCAGAGGGUCGCAACUAUUCUACAGACUACUUCUGUCAUUCGAUCAUCGGCACCCAGCGUUCGUCGGUUGGGGUUCCAGGUUUGAAGGUCAGGUCGGCCGAGGAAUUCCAAAAGCAUGUUGACGCUGCUGUUGCUGCCAAGAUUGUCACGACUGAGCCAGGUUUUAAGCCUGGUGUACGGCAUUUGCGACUUCACCCUUGUCUCGUUCGUCUGGGAAGCAAGACUAGCAUUACUGAUGGCGAAGAUGAGGACUCGGACGAGAAUGCUGCUCACAACAGCCAACCCUUCUUCAGAACAAACCUGUUCUCUUUCGGCAAGAGCAAAGACAAACCUGACCCCAACGCCAACUUGAGCGAUGGCGAGAGUCAGCAACAGAAGAAACAAGACCUCGAAGCGCUACGCAAAGAGACAAGCCAAGUGCUUGCUUCGCUCCAACGCUCAACCUUUUCGGAAGGAUAUACUGCCUCGGGACGAGUUCCUGCUGACGAUGCUAUCCGCUUUCGACCGCUCAUUGACAGUCUUGUCAGUCUGAACGGGGAGGGCGAAGCGGUAGUUACAAAGUCAAAGUUAACCCGUGAGGUAGCUAAGCGUAACCCAGGACCUGGUGGGAUCGGUGCCUUCUACCAAUCGCUAGGAUCGACUGGAUUCAGUGAUUACUUGCAGCAGGCUAAGGAGAAAGGUCUUGUUCAGAUUACGGAUAGUGAAGGGAGAGUUUUAGGCCCGAGCACAAGUUUGAUCGGUCUCACGGAAUACAGCUCGCGCGUAAACCGUCCCGCAAAUUCGAGGUGUACCACUAAUCACUACAAUGCUCAACAAUGA